UGAAAGAGAGGAGAGGGAUUCUUCAGCAGGACUUCGGGGGUGAAGGACUGCUCCCUGAAAGCAUUCAAAAUGCCAGUCAUAAAUGUGGAGGAUCUGACGGACAAGGACAAGGCUGUAAUGGAAGUAAACCAGCUUAAACUCGAAGUGAAACUCGAGAGGUGGUUGACAUCGAAAUGCUGUGAAGAAAUCAAGGACUACAUUCAGGCUCUAGUGGAGGAGGACACCCUCGUCAAAGGCAUAUCAGAGGAGAAGAACCCCUUCAAGGAGAAAGGUGGCUGUGUCAUCUGCUAGACUGGACCUAAGGAGCUUUUCAUAUCUCAGAUUAGUACCCAAGGACAUUCUCCUUCCCCUCGUAAAAUGGAUUUGCAGACUGAGAAGACUAGAAGGACACAAUAAAGAAAACAUUUAUGAGUUCCCAUGUAAAACAAUUCUUCACCCCAGGGCCAGAUUUGUAGCCUUAUAAUUUUUGGAAAGAUGCACUAAUUAAAAGUUGUAUUUGGCAAAUGUUAUAUAAUGCUUCUCUCUCAUGUGUAUAUAGUCUGAGCACAUGGGUUCGUAUGUUGUUUCAUUCACAGCUCAUUCAAUUGUCAUUAAAUGUGCACAUUUAUAAUUCA